CGCACUCCCCACUCCUCCCGCUCGCGCCGCCCGCCUUCGCCUCCACCGCGCCUGCGCCGCCUCCGCCUCCACCGCGCCGGCGGCCGGCGCCGCCUCCAUCCGCCCUCGGCCCACUGCGUCGGCGCCGGCGCCGCCCUCGGCCCACCGCGUCGGCGUCGCCUCCGCCCGCCCUCCGCCUCCCUCGCGCCGUCUCCACCUCCACCGCGCCGGCGCCGUCCUUCACCGCCUAGCUCGAUUUGCUUUUCAGUUUGUCUUUCUGAAUCUGCUUGAUUUCCUAGUUGCAUGUGCAGAUCAGCAGAUGCAUCAUCUAUCUAUUGAGUUGCCUUUUGAUUUGUCAACCAUACAUUUGUUGUUUGGCUUUUGUGAUUUUUUUGUUCAGAGACUUCUGCUCUCGGGUUAGUUCGGUCAUGACCGAGACCGAACCGAACUACCGAAGUGCUCGGUCUUCAUUUUUUUUUGGACCGAUCGGUCUUGAGUUUUUGAUGACCGAAAUUUUAAAAAGACCGAAAGACCGAACCGAAUUUCUCGGUUAGACCGAAUGCCCACCCCUGACCAGAAAGACCAGAAAUGUGUACCCCUCAACUCACACAAACCGUUCAAAGGAGGUCCCAUAACAGUAUAUGUGGGUGGUUUCGCUGACGUGGCAUCCUAGUCAGCAAAAAAAAUUAAAAAAGUACGUGGGGCCCAUAUGUCAGUUGCACAUUUUCUUUCUUUUCCUUUCCUUCUCUUCUCUUUAUCUCAGCGAUGGGCGGGCAGCGUGCGAGCACUGAGGCACGGCAGCCGAGCGACGGCGGGCGGCGGCAGCUGAGUGCGGCCUACAGGCGAGCGGCCGAGCACGGCGGCGAUUAGAGCGGACGAGCACGACGGCGGACGAGCGCGAGUAACCCUUACACCACAACAGCCAUGGCGACCCGUGCCGCAGCUCGACCAAUGGCGGGAUCCAUGGCAGCCUCACCGGCAUCAGCAUCGGCGUCGGUGUCAGCUCAACGCAGAAGGUGUGGCGCAGCUUGCAGGCAUUCGGUGACAUCGCCUUCGCCUACUCCUUCUCCAACAUCCUCAUCGAGAUCCAAGACACGAAUCAAGGCGCCGCCACCGUCGGAGGCAAAGGUGAUGAAGAGCGCGACGAGGCUGAGCGUGGUGACGACGACGGUGUUCUACAUGUACAUGCUGUGUGGGUGCAUGAACUACACGUUGCCGGACAACCUCCUCAGGCGUCGUUCGGCACGUGGGGAGGGAUUUCCCUGGGGGAAACACCACCAGUCCGGGAUUGGGUGGAUCCCCUCCCACCACCCAAUCCCCUUCCACGUUGGGUGUUAAACCCCCAUGUCAUCCGGAUGGUGCUUGGUUAACAGGGGAAAUAGCAGGGGAAAACUUUCUUUUCAACUCGCCACCACCGGCUGCUCGAUCGGCUCCCUGCCGCCACGGCGCCACCUGCUCUACCGCCGCCAUGCACGUCCGCGUCUCCGGCGUCGCGCCAUCCUUGUGUUUGCCUCUCCGGCGUUCUACCGGCCUCGAUUUAUGUCUCCAGCGAAGCUGCUACCAUGAUUCGUACGUGUUUGCCUGUGUGCCGAGGCCGCGAUCUACACCGUCGUUCCCGUCUCGGCUGGUCUGUGUUGCCGUGUGGUCGAUCUCCUACAUCCCUUGCCUGUAGCAUUAUUCACCUUAUCUUCAAGUUGUGAAUACGGUGGUACUGACAGCGCAGAUGGUGUUGUUCUCUGAUGUUGUUCAAAUCUCAUACUCCCUUCGUCCCUAAAUAUUUAACGUUGUUGACUAUUUUAAACACGUUUGACCGUUUAUCUUAUUUAAAAAAUUUAAGUAAUUAUUAAUUCUCUUCCUAUCAUUUGAUUCAUUAAUUGUUAAAUAUACUACUACUACUUACUUAAGUUGAAUAAUAUUCACAAAAGUUUUUAAAUAAGGCGAACGGUCAAACAUGUUUAAAAAAGUAACGACGUCAAAUAUUUAGGGACGGAGGGAGUAUCUGCUAAGGCUAUGUUUGCCAUAGCUUAAAUUGA